CCUUGUCCAUUUCCCUUUCCCUCCAUUCUACCCUGCACAUCUCCACUCACCAUCUCCAGAGCCUUAAUAUGGUUCCAAAUUAGGGUUUCUGGUGUCUCCGUUCCAAGCUGUGCUCCGUCCACGCCACUCAAAACGCUAGGGUUUCUGGUGUCUCCACUCACCAUCUCCAGAGCCUUAAAGAUUCCGGCCGCCUCCAGUCAAUUUCUACCACCUCCGGUAACAUCCACUGAAAUCCAACCACCUCCGGCGACAUACACGUGUUUGUAGGUCACCUCCACUAAAAUGCAACCAUUUCCGGUCAUCUCUGCUGAAAUCCGGUCACCUCUAUUGAAAUCCGGCCAUCUCCACUGAAAUCCGUGCACCUCUGGACAAGAUUUCUUUUUGGGUUUUGCUUGUGUAUCUGAUGGCUGAUGUGAUGGGCAUGGGUCACGGGGGGGACGGAGCCGGGGAUCAACCACCUUGUGGUGGCGGUUUUUGUCCCGGUAACCAUCAACAGGACCUUGUUCCUCGGAAAAAGACAAGGGGGAAGGCCAAAAACCUUAAACUCGAUGCAGAGUUGAGGAGAACGGGGCGACCUUUAACCCUUCCAAUUGAUACAGAGUGUACGUUCCAUCCGGUUGGUAAGCCAUGUGACUAUUUUACCCGCGAGGUGGGUAUAUACAUGUGGCGUAACAUUCCAUUAGAUAGAUCAGGUUGGAAGAAUGUUGAUCAGUUUGAGAAGACUUCCUUGGAUGUGCAUCUAAAAGCAAAAUUUGAUCUUGCUCAGGUUGAAAAGGAUAUCCAUGCCUCUAAGAUUAAGGGUGGCAUACAACAGGUGAUCCAAAAGCGGUUCAGCGACCGUAAACACUAUGCUAAACUUGAAUUUCUGAAAGGUGGAGGGUAUGCCGACAUAGAGGGAGCAAGGAACAAAGUCCCCGAAGAUAUGACUAGAGAAAACUGGCAUAAAGCAAUUCGUCAUUUCUUAACGCCCGAACAUAUCAAACGGUCAUUAGCUAACGCAGCAUGCCGCGGGAAGCAGAGAUACGCAAACCGAGGGGGAUCAAGCUCUUAUGCUAGUACUUCUUUCAAAGAGAGUUUGCAACGACUCGAAGUGUUCCACAAAACCCAUACCGAUAAAGAUGGGAAUUUUUCCAGCUCGGUAGCCGAAGAGGAUUAUCGCCGAUUAGUGUUAGAGUAUGAGGCUUUGAGUCAACGCUCGUGUGAAGAAGGUGGUAGUUCUUCACAACCGGGUGAUCUUGCAAUCUUCGAGAAUGUGUUGGGUUCGAGGCGUGGUCAUACUCGAGGUAUUGGGCCUAAACCUUGUUCAAGUACAUCGCGGGUUGUCUCUGGUGAGGAGUCGCAAACUCCACAAUUUUCAAAGGCACUAUUCCAGAGUUGGUUCCAAAACCCGGAUUUUAGAAAUGAACUUCAAAACUUUUUGAGUUCGAGUUACCCGACAAAGUUUGGAAGCGAAGAUGUUGAUGGUGAAGAAGCGGAUGAUGGCAGCGAUGAUGACAUGGAUAUGAUUUAAAAUUAUAACGUUUUAGAUGUUAAGUAGUUUAUGACGUAUUAGUGACUUAAAACGAUUUCGGAUUGGUGACGUUUAUGUAGUUCACGCUUAUGUAGUUUAUGCUUAAUUAAUUUUUAUGUUUGGUUAGUU